AUGUCUGUAAUUUCCUACAGCAGCAGCAGUUUGAAGUCUGUGUCAGCCGUCACGUCUCGAAUGGAGCCGCCUCAGGCUCAGGAGAUUAACACGCUUGAAGGUUUUCCCACAGAGCAGCAAAGAGACUGCGCGGUCAUGGGUGUGAAGAUGCUGCAGUGUUUUCCUUUCUACAGACGCUGCAAAGAUCGCUGCAAGGGCAGGGAAGCCCCCCCAGCAGCAGUUCCCACAGAGGAGACGAAGCCUCGCCUGUCCUCCACAACGUCCUGGAGCAGCGACAGCGAAGGAGUGGGGAGCCUCAGCCGUGGCUCCCAGAUCUAUUUCUCCACCAAGGCCAGGCUGUCCUUCAGACACCAGCUGGACAGCAACAUCAAUGCAGUGGACGCCACCUACUGAGCAGAACAAAGGACUGCAGAGGACGCCAACAGACUCCAUUACAUGUUCCCCCAGGCCUGCCGAGUUGAAGAGGAUCAUCUUCAACUGUGAGCCUCGCUUUGCCCUGGUCUCUUGUGCUUGUCGAACACUGAGAACUCUUGACGUUUUGACAUUUUCAGUAAGUCAGAGAAAAACUGACUGAUGUGUCAGCUUAACACUGAAGAGAGUGGACUUAUUCUAUAAACCGACAGACAGAUGAGAGAGCAUAAGAAGACAGUUGUUUACAGCUUUCUCCCCCAACAAGUGCAUUACAUUUUUCAUUCAAGUUUUUUAUUCUGCUCUUAGUGUUUUUGACAUUUGUGGCUGAUAAAAAUGCAUGUUUCAUCUUUGUUCAUCAAAUAUUAACUGACUUCAAAACAGUCUAUUUUUAAAAAGCCCCCAGAAGCAGAGAUUGUAACACUAUCAUGAGUAAUUCACAGGACUAACAUUACCUUUUCCCGGUACUAGUUUAGCUUUCUAAACCCACAAGUUAUAGUGAAUUGCUAAUAAAAUGAGAAGGAAUUUUUUGUUUUGUUAGAGAAGACAAUAAUUCUAGAGAUUAGUCAUAAAAAUAUUACUGCAACUGUUUUAAGUAGUGUUUUGAAAUGGAUGAACUGAGCCACAUCGCAACUUUACUGUGUACCUUCUAAAACUUCCCUCCUUUCAACAUUUUCACAUAUAAAAGGCGUUUAAUACUAAGCUUGUUUUACUGUACUGACCUACAAUGAACUGACAUGAUGAUAUGUGUGGUCAUUAUUCCCUCAUCAACUGCCUAAACAAUGAAAUUCUGAUCUGCAGUGUUCUAGCAACAACAUUUAUAAUAAAAUGUCAGUUUUUUUUAUCAAUAGUCAGCCUGAUGUUUUUUAUAUUUAUUAUACAGCUUCAGUGAAAAGUUUACAUUCACUCACCUUGGGCAAUAAAGUCACUCGUUUUA